AUUCUGAAGGUCUACAUGCACUGUGAAGGUUGCGCUUCACAAGUUUCCCAUUGUUUGAGGGGAUAUGAUGGGGUUGAGCAAAUUAAGACGGAGGUUGGAGACAAUAAGGUUGUUGUGUCUGGGAAAUUUGAUGAUCCACUUAAGAUAUUACACAGGGUGCAAAAGAAAUUCAGUAAAAAUGCCGAGUUAAUUUCCCCAAAGCCUAACCCUAAUCAAGAUCAGAAGAAGGAGCAACAACAAAAGAAAGAAAGUGCUCCGCAGAUCAAAACUGCAACUUUAAAAAUGAACAUUCACUGUGAAGGAUGCGUUAAUGAAAUCAAAAGAGGCAUUGAGAAAAUAAAAGGUAUUCAAACGGCGGAACCAGACCGGUCAAAGUCAAUGGUGGUGGUACGAGGAGUCAUGGAUCCUCCAAAACUCGUGGAGGAAAUCAAGAAAAAACUUAAGAGACAUGCAGAGCUUGUAAGUCAAAACACAGAGAAAGGCAAAGGUAAUAACGACAAAGACAACAAUAACAAUAACAAGGGCAACAAGAAGAACGAAGACAGUGAUGGAAACACAAUCUUUAGUUACCCUCCUCAAUAUUCAGCCCAACAUAACUAUCCCUCUCAGAUUUUUAGCGACGAGAAUGUGCAUUCUUGUUCGAUCAUGUGA